AAAUGUAUGUAAUAAAAACUGGAACUUGUUUCUUCAAACCUAUAUUUCAUAUUAUAUAUAUAUGUGUGUGUGUGUGUGUGUAUACAUAUAUCAUAAACUGGAACUUGUUGCUGCUACAAAAUUUGAUGUGUACAGUGGAAAAGUUAGAGAUUUGUUAAAUUUUGAUCAUGGUGAACAUGAAUGGAUAAUAAAGGAAGAAGAAAAGCUCCAAUUGGAAGAGGAAAAAGGGCGAAAGAGAAGAGAAGAGAUGUACUCGCAAACGCGGAGGCAGGUAGCAGUGACGGCGGCGUUGUUCGCGGCGGGAGUGUCGUUCAUGGGGGUUGGAGCUCACCUUGCCUACUCCAAUGUCGAGGCCGAACAAGCUCGCCUCAAAGCUCGCAGGGAUUUCGUCAAAGAUCGCCUCAGAAAACUCAUCGACGACGACGACGACUAA